CAAGCCGCCUCCCGCCCUCCCGGUAAUCUCCCUCCCGCCCCCUGCUGCCAUGCUAGUAAUCUCCCUCCCUUUGUCGCCCAUCUCCCAUCGAGGUUCAGAUUCAUACUGAGGUCCAUCUAUAGCUCCCUUCAUCUCCUUUCCCCAUCCACUGUAACCCUAAAAUAAUCCCAAAUCUCACGGAUGAAUCAAUUAACGAAGACUGAUUCUCGCCGAGGUAGAGGUGUCCCUAGAACCCAUCCUCAAGGUGCUGCAACUUGUGCUCAACCCGCUGGUGGAUGGUGGCCAGCAUCUUCUCCUAGUGAAGGUUUAUACCCACCGGGAGGGUUCACAGAUUAUGUGCAGUCAAUCCCAUUUCCUAACCAUUCUAAUGGAAAUGAAAAUUUUCACUUUGUUGGUGCUGCAAUGAGUCAGUCGUCCAUGUCACCAAUUGACUUGAAUGCUACAAGAACUCCCUCUCCAGCACAACAAUCUGACUAUGUAGAUGAACAAGAAACUGAAACAAUUAACGUGGAUGAGGAGUUUAUAACUGACAAGCGUUUGAACUGGUCGGUUGGUGAAGAUAAACGAUUGGUCAGUGCUUGGUUGCAUAAUUCAAAGGACCCGGUCGAUGGAAUUGGCAGGAAGGCAUACAAGUAUUGGGUAGAUGUUACUGAAGAAUACAACAAGACAACAUAAAGGAACUAAGCUUGGUUGCAUAAUCCAUGAACGCUACUUUUUUUUUAUAGACCGGUCAUCAUGUACACUUUCAUCUGAUAUGGAUAGUUUUGUUUCUGGUCUUUCAAACUACAAAAAGGAACUAAGGAAGCUUUGUUAAUCAGUCAAAUUAAGAGCAAAAAAGCAGUAGUAGUAAAAAAGUGAUAUCAUUUUUCUAAUGUUAUUUUUUAAGAUAUUUUACUCGUACCUUUUCUUUUGUGGGGAACAUAGUGGAUAAAUAAAGUUUCAGACAA